GUUAGAAACUACAUGGUAAACAAAUGAAUUACCAUUGCCAUGGUUUUGGGUGCAUUUGAGUGUUCACAGUUGCGUUCCCCAACAUUUUCGCCUCUAGCGUAUUGGCAGUUGGUGGUAUCCACGGGGCUAUUCGACCAAGAUCCAUCUACUGCGCUGGACGUCGACUUGAAGUUGGUGUGCCGAAACUUGCUUCUGCAAACGCUGAAUUCAGGCUCGCAUACUAACAAGACGGCCAACAAGAAGCGAGCCUGGCGCCCCCUGAAACAGCUCAUCAGUCUGGAGCGCAGCCUGCCCUUCCCCGCCGACGCGGUCACAUACUGGAGGCUGGAGGCUCCACCGUCGUUCGUUCCAGCCAAGAAAUACUCUGACAUAUCUGGCCUGCCGGCCAAAUAUACAGACCCUCAUACCAAGCUACGCUACGCCACCGCUGAGGAGUUCAAGGUCAUUCAGAGUCUCCCGAGUGACAUCGUAGCGGGAUACCUGGCGCUCAGGAAGGCGUUCAACCCUGUGGGCUAAUGGCACGCGUGUUCGUAACAGUCGGC